UUCUUAUCAGAUGUCUUUUUGGAUUGUUUGGUAGUCAACGUUAUAUAUAUAGUUCAUUUCGCUUAGCGGAAAAGACUGCAGCGUGGGUUUCUCUGAGUGCACCAUGGCGCACAUGUGUGUGCAUUGCUCCUUCAACGGAGAGCGUGGCAAGUGCGAACGGGUCGGUGCACAUCACGCGCCCUAUUGCCCGAGGUUCAAGGGCACCUGCAAGUAUUGCGGCUGCAAAGGCGGCUUCGAGUGCGUGGCGAAGGAGCAUGGCCAUCAUCAAAGCUUUUGCCCGCGUUUCAGAGGCGAAUGCAAGCUAUGUGGCAUCAAAGGAUCCUACGAAGAGAUUGCCAUGUUAAGCCCCGCUCACAACCGCUUUUGCGGCUGGAUAGCAUGCAGAAAUGUGCUGGCUAUGAUUGUGUAUUUGUGUGCAAAGCUUCAUGAUUCAUGUCGUUCUUGAUUUCAUUGUUCUGGAUCCUUGGAAGCAGAUUUGUUGUAUCAGACUAAACUUCGCGACAUGAAAGGCGAGCGAUAUUCCAACAGGCUGGGCGAUUUGUUGCUCGUUGCUUUGUGCAUUGCUUGUUCAUGACUCAUCCAACUCACACCGCUGCUUCCUCAGGUGUCACUUCUGUGGUGUGGUGGACGGAGCUGUUUGCGGGGGUCACCACCAGGUGCGAUGUUCACGGUUCCGUGGGGAGUGCAAGCACUGCCACGUGGUGGGAUCCUGCUGGUAUGUCACCACCCACGGCCCACAGCACACCGAGGGAUGUCCACGGCGCUGGGACUCACAGCCCAGCUGCGAGCGGUCGAAUCACAGCCUCGUGGCGUCACUCUGAGGGCGUGGUUUGUAACGGUGAUUCAAUUGGUAGCGACGGCCUCCAACCUAAGAGCGAUGUGGCGGUGUGAAAAUUAUGAUGAAAGUGUCCAAGUGUUGGUGUCAGAAGAUGUUUCAAAUGAGAUCGAAUCAACGAAGGCUCUUGUCUUUGAUUCUCAUCAAACAGCUUCCGUGUGAAGCUUCGAAUCAAACACGUCUCCAAAGGAGAAGGUGACAGGUGCCGGUGUAUAGGGUCAAUGGUGUCAGAAGAUGCUGGACAUGAUUGGGAAGUCGAAACAAGCUCGUUUCCACAUUGUCGGUGCAAGUAUGGGUCAAACUCAUUGAUGGUUCUUUGGCUGCUCAUGUUUGGUCAAAUGUCCAUGCCUUCUCCCUGGAUGUCAUCAAAGCUAUGACGUCACGAUUCACAGUUCUUUGG